AUGUGGAAGACUGGGAAAGGAACCCUCAAAGGACGUUCUCGUGGCCGGUCAAACUGGGCCGAGGGAGAAACCACGGUCGUGUUAACAGGUCUACCAAGGACUUUGAAUGCAGACAUUCUGCUGGAGUUGGUGGACAAGAAAUUCCACCGCUGUUAUGACUUUUUUUACCUUCCAAUGUAUUUGGACCAACUCGAAAACACUGGACUAGCAUAUUUAAAUUUUCGCGAUCAUGCAACGGCUGUGGAAUGCCAACGCUACUUCGAAGGGAGUAUUGACUGGAGUGGGCACAUCAGCGAUCGUCCCUGCAAGGCACAGUGGUCUUCCAUCCAGGGCUAUGAGGCAAACAUUACGAGGCACCGGAAGGCUGAAUGGCUCGAGAAGAACGUUCCAGAAGAUUGCAAGCCUAUGGCCUUCGAUGAGCAAGGCAGGCGACUGCCAACAUUGGAAGUUUUCACUCCUUUGCAACCUUUGCAUUCUACAGACUCUGGCAAGGGUGGAAAGUAUCAAAGGCUAGGCAAAGGAAAACAGUGGGAACGAGACUGGUAUGGCGCCAGUAAGCCACAUGCCGGCAAAGGCAGCAACUGGCCUGGCUGGUACUCUGACCGCAACAUUGAAACCGAUUCGCGCCAGAGCGACAGCGGCUAUGCUAAUGCUGCCUUUGAGCCUUUUGAUGACAGUGCUUCAUGGCCUUCAUGGCUUCAAGCUGCUGCAAACUGGCAGGCAAUGGAGAUGACAGCCGGCGUUGAUGACUCCUGGGGCAACCCCAACGAAGGGAAUAUGACCUCUGCACUUGACCUUUAUUUGGCCAGUAUGGACUCCACGGACAGGUACUCUGACGAGGCUUAUGGCCAGGCAAGUGGCCAGACCUUUGAGCCCACGUUUCCCUUGCAGGAAUCUUUUGAGAAGCGUGCAGACACGUUUGAGAGAGAUCCCUCCAACACGAGAGUUGAAGACCCGACAAGGCUGCCCAAGCCUUUAAUUCCAGAACUUCCGGUGCUCGAGCAUCUGCACCACGAAAGGGGUGAACAGGGGAGCCCACAGACGAGCCCGCAGAUGUCUCCAUCCUCUACCGCCUCAGAGCCUGGCCAGCUCGGUCUGCGCAAGUACGCCUGCCCAAACUGCAAACUGAUCUUCGCAAAGUGGUCCGCCUGCCAGCAUCAUCUCGUAAGUGAUAUGAAAUGCUGGUGUGUUCUCGGAGAGGGCCGGCUGCCCUCGGAUGUAACUGAGCUUCAGGAGAAGUGCAAGGCCGCAGCGGAAGAACGGCCGAAAGACUCUGAACCAACUGCUGCCUUCGUUGAUGAGGCCAUCCAGGAUAAAGUACUCCGUUUCCAGUAG